AUGUCUAAUUUACUCUCUCAUGACGAGUUACACGGCUCUUCAACCAUGAUCAAUCUCACCAUAGCAUUGAUGGCCCUAAUAUCAAUUAUCAUGUUAUUGAGUGCGACCCUCUACUUCAUACGCACCAGUCGCCGUAGACGCGCCCUUGCUCGUCAGCAGAUACUCCCAAUGCACGAGAACAGUCAUUCAAUGAAUUCUUAUCAUCCUAGACGACAGCAGCGCUCUCAAUACAACUCCGAGAAACAAUUUUCGAUGUACAGUGAAAAAUCUCUUCCCGGAAAUUCGUUCGAUUCCUCCUCUGAAUCUAUCCCGGAGAUCCGCAUCACCUUCCCAGAUGAACAGGAUGAAGCUGGGCGCCGGAAAAGCGGAAGAGUUGUUGUCGUACGCGUCGGUGAGACUGGAAUAGGACUAGAACCCCUUAAGCCUGAGGAUCAGCUCCCUGCCUACGAGGAGAAUAGUGGUGGUCACUUUCACUGUGUUGACAUGGAUCGAAUUGGUGGCUUGAAGGAAAAGUCUGACUGGUACCAAAAAUAG